AUUGAGCCCCGAGCCCUCUGCUGGACAUGGUGGGAAUAACCUCCGCGGUCCCCGUUGUCAAGGAACUGCGUCCUCGGUUGCUAUCAUGGAGGACUGUACACAGACUCAGGUGAAAUCGACAGCUUAGCCGGAGUGUUUAUUUCUUUUUUUUUAAAAAAAAAACGACCUAAGGGCCUUUCGUUCCUCCAGGGAAGGUGCUGCGAUGUGGAUCGGAACAUUUCGAGCACACCUUUGCCCUGAAAAUGGCUGAACGAAUUUGAAUGACUGGCGGUUGACUUUAGCUAAACGGGACCCCAAAGCAGCCGAGUUAGCAGCUAAUGUUAGCAGUUUUGCUGGGAGCUGAACCUCUAUGUCUGCACGGUGUCAGCCAGAAAUAGGAGCGUCGGAGGAUGCAAGUUCUUCAAGACAACUUCUACUACCACGCAAAGUCGAGGCUGGGAGCUGAUGGAGGCCUCGAAGAUGAGAGACAACUUUUGGUCGAAGAGCAGAGGUUGUGCAGAGCCCGAGCUCGCAAGUUUUCCCAGGAAACCAACCGGCGCAGAAAGGCUCUGGAGGAAAGACGGACGCAGUGGGACGUGCAGGAGCAACGGCUGAGGCAGAACAUCCUCCAGCAACGCAGGCAGCGAGUGCUGGAUGCGACUGAGCGCUUCCAAAGAGCCCAUCUACCUCCUUCUCAGAGAUGCAGACAAUCUUUUAGAAGAAACGUACCAAAUAUUGAAGAUGCACUGCAUCAGAUUCAAGGAACGCUGAGUUCAUACUGUCAGGAGUCCUCUUUCUUGUCCAGCAACUCUAACAUUAGCAGAAGCUGCAGUCCCUCUCCUAAGCCUCCCACAGUUUGUAAAUCCUCCCACCGCCAAGCACUUUCUGCUGUUGAGGCCUACUCCAAACUGCUGCAGGAGCAGAGUAUGACUCUCUUCAGCAACAGUCAACACAGUGAAAAGACACAAGAGAAGCAACAGGACCACAGUCCACAGGACAUCCACCUGUCUGACUGCUGUAAUUCUGAAAGUCUUUCAAGUAAGGACAGUUUGGAGAAUGAGGACCCCAACCACAGCACAAAACAUCUACUGUGCUCCCCUUCAUCAUUCUUGCUUGACUCAGAGAAGCUCCAGCCUGACCUGAGAAAGCAAAGUGAUUUGUGUCCAACAUCAGGCCUGACUUCUCUCUCAGCGGUGCUUCUUCUUGGUGAUAACUCACCCCAAUCAAGAAAACUGCAUGGAACUGAGCAGAAAGAACAAGAGAACACUGAGGUGCCUAACAAUAAGAAACACUCUUCUAUAGCUUCUUGGGGGUUCACAUCUCUUGAGAAAACACCUAAAACAGAGACAUGGCCUGCUCCUCACAACUGUAAUUUACUAAGUCUUUGUGAACUUAUUAGUACAGAUCCAGAACACUUUGACGUAAGUGACAACAUUGUGACAAAUGGAGUUACUCUUGGAAAUACAGCACUUCUGUCUUCAUGUCCUAAACAAGAACCUCUGUUGGAUCUCAGGCAGCAGAGGGUCUGUGAUGACAUACAAUUAAAACAGCCUUCAGCUACAGAAAUACUUUUGCCUUCCAAAAAUGGCGACAGCAAAGACAGCAUGUUUGGGGUUCCCCCAAAGCCAAAUAUAGUCUUAAAUGAUAGCACAACAGAAAACGCCUCACAAGAAGGAACCCUUCAGGGAGCAGAAAAAGAAGUCCACAACCUGUCAUCAGAGAAAGAGCCUAGUGCUUCCAUGAAUAACCUCAAUAAGGUUUCAAACUCAGAGCUCAAAACUGAGAAGCCCCUUAAUACAGCAUCAGUGCAACACGCAUGCUGGUCUAACAUUCAAUCAGACUCUCUUAAGUGCUUUAAACAUCCUGAGGAAGAAGUACAAAAACUGCCUGUUUCAGUGGGAACAUCUCAUUCAGUAUGUGAAGUCACAUUCAUUAAAGGAAUCCUUAAAAAGCAGUCCAAAUAUAUGUCAGGAGAUACCACAUGUGUGCAUGGUUCAGGACAUUGGAUUUUUGCAAAGCAAGUAGCUUUAGCAAUCAGAGAUAGUGUUGAAUUGACCAGGUCAAAAACUAAAGAGGUGGAGGCCAAAAACGCUGUGAAAAAGAAGCUACGGUGGUUUGAUGAGGAAUACGUGGAGAAAGACGACAAAAAACAGGACAUGAUGAAACAGAUGGAAAACAAGUCUUCCAAACUUGGUCAGUCAAGUAACAACUCACAGGACCACCAGCUAAGUCUCACUACAGUCUCAGGGGCAUCCAAGCCUGGACCCAGCAUGACCCCUCCAGCCUCCACUGGUUAUCAAUUUACAAAGCAGGCGUGGGCAGAUGUUGGGGUUCAAGUCAGCUUGCCCCAGGAACAAGCAGACGAGGUCAAGGUGCCUUGGAGCAGCACCAGGACGGUUGGCCCCAAGGUCCCUCGGAGAGAGCGAUCUGCCAGAGCUGGAGCGGCUCCUGUUUCUUCGCGAACCAGAAGGGGCACUGUCAUGCGACCUCAAUCUGCCACUGCGGUGAGUCACAUUGCCAAAACCCAAGGGAAGAUCAUAGUGCCCCGCCCACCUCCGAGGAUGGAGUCGGUGGAGGAAAAGACGUACAUCUCUAAGACUCCAUAUGGUGUGGAUCAAAGGAGUGUCAGCUGUAAACAAUCUCUCACUGUAGAGCAGGCCCUGCACAAGGCCAACUCGGAAGGCUUUUUCCCUCCUUACAUGCGUCAUGUAAUCAGAAUGGAUAAUUCUGUCAUGUACGCACCUCCGCUACCCUCGUACUCCUGUCCCGACUUAGAGGGCAACUUAAAGGGCACGCCUGGCUCAGGUCAUCAGGGAACCCGGGGUUGCAGUGGAAGAAGAGGGCCGGUGUACAAUGAAAAAGGCCUCUGUUUGGAUUGCACUCCAACAGAUGAGGAGAUCUCACAGCUCUGGCAUGGUGUCCGCAGUGCGUUAGCCACCAAGGACGUGGAUCUUUCAGCAAAAACCAAACUCAGAAGGCAGGCCCUGGAAAGUGGGCGAGUCAUGAGGAAACCCGGUGUGGAGCAGAGCAGACAGCCUCUUGGCUCAGGGAACAGAAGGUUUCCUCAGCCCUCUCAGACCUCAGAGCCAGUCAGACCGUUUUCCAGCACUUACAACACGACCUUUCCGGAUGAAGGUUUGGAGAGUGCAGCCCAGUUACACCUGGCUGAAGUACAUGCUGAAGGCCUAGUGGAAGAAAGGCGUAUUGUGGCUGCCAUGGAAACAGGCCAAGCACAGAGACCUGGAGCGGUGCAGCAGCGCAGCCAACAGCAGGGACUCACCACCAUUUCCUUGGAAGAGCAGAAAAUCCUCCUCUCUCUAGACAGGCUAAACCACCAGCUGUUCUCUGUGCGAGAACAUGUGGGGGUUCAUGGUGGCACGAGUGGGCCUGUACUUCUUGAUGGACCAUCUACAAGGGAAGUAAAAUACACAAACCAUCACAAGCAGCGUGCAUCCUCAGCUAACAACCGCUCUCGAUACCAGAAGAAAGUCUGACUUUAAGCAUGCGGGGUCCACAGUGGUCUUCACUCCCAUUCCUGUCCUGCGUCAUACUGUCUAACCAAACACUUCACUACCCUGUAAAAUGGGUUUGGUCUCCUUAAACACUAAAUAUGCCGACUGGAAUAACUUAAAGAUCUCACAGAUCAGAAGAAGCAAUGGCCUGGCGAGACAAAAAAAACCAAAAAGACAUCAGCAAAAGACCCAUCAGAAAGUUGGUAGGUUGAAAUUAGUUUUGUUGUAUUUUCCCCGUCUGCAUGAACAACAAAUCCUAAGUGCCUAUGAACAUUACACUGGCUUCAAUUCAUUUUCGUUUCACAAAUGGAAAAACAGACCCUUCUUAUAAUUAAAACAGGACUAGAACUGACUGCAAAAUGUAGAUUUGUAUGGAAUUGUUUUUUUAUUUUCAAAUCCUGUCUUACUCUGUAUUUAUUUUACAUAGUAAUUUGAUUGAAACUAUGUGGUUGUUAAAUUGAAUAAAGCUUGUUGUCCUGAUAAA